AUGGGCAUCUUCAAACCAAAGGCAUGGCUUUCAGUUGUCACUAACUUGGACAAGGCAAAACCACACUCUUACAGGGAAGCUCUUCUUCAUCCCAAAUGGCGUCGUGCUAUGAUUGAGGAAUAUGAGGCACUCAUUCGCAACAAGACAUGGUCCUUAACACCUCUUCCCCAGGAUCGUAAGGUCAUUGGUAGUAAAUGGGUGUUUCAAAUUAAACAAAACCAAUCAGGUGAGAUUAGUCGUUUUAAAGCCUGUCUAGUCGCUCAAGGGUUUAGCCAAGACUAUGGUAUAGACUACUUUGAAACUUUUAGCCCAUUUGUGUUUACAUUUUAA